GAGAGAGAGGGAGAGAGAGAGCCUUUUCUAGCACACUCACGAUCAGAGAGAGAGAGAGAGAGAGAGAGAGAGAGACAGUGAGAGCGGUCCCACGGUCGAUUUCCUGCAAGGACGAAAGCUCAACAUUUAGCUGUUUGCUGUUUUUGACUGUUGUGAUUUUAUACUUUUUAUCCGGGUACGUUUGCGAAAAGACUUCUUUUAUGUUUUCGUUUGUGUAGAAACUUUCCUUGGCUAGUAAGGCUAUAUUACAGCUAACGUUACAGGAUAUUUAUAAGAAUUGAAAUUCUUCUAAGAUGUUCGUCUGGAGGAAUGGUCAGAAUUGACAUUUUGUUUCCCAUUGAUUCAUACUUAUUAUAUAUGACGUUCUAACUAAGUCUGCGAUUGCUAUUUUGUUUUGAUUAUUUGCAUCGAUUACAUAUCGAUUGUAUAAUACUGAAUGUUGGAGCUACUAUGCGAUUCAAAGGCUACUUGACGCUUCGUAUCGGUGAAGCGGUGAAUUUAAAACCGACACAUUUUUCAACUCGGCAUACGUUUCAAAAGAAAAGCCACCUGGAUCCCUACAUCGUUGUGAAAGUAGACAACGUGAAAGUUGGACAGACCGCCACAAAGGUGAAAACCGACAGACCCUCCUUCAACGAAGAGUUCUGUCCAUACAUCUCUAAUGGCAAUGAGCUGGAGCUGGCGGUGUUUCACAGCACCUCAAUUGGAUACGACAACUUUGUAUCCAAUUACAGGAUCCAGUUUGAGGAUUUAUUAACAUCAUCAAACAGCAGACAAACCUUCGAAGGAUGGGUGAAUCUUGAACCAGAGGGAAGUGUAUAUGUCUUCAUUUCUCUCACCGGCUCAUUUACAGAUGAUAAAGCUGUAGAUAUUGUAAUCAACAAGCAUCGAGAAUUCACCAGAAGGAGGCAGAAAGCUUUAAAGAGAAGAAAGGUACAUCAAGUCAAUGGCCAUAAAUUCAUGGCAACCUUCCUCCCUCAGCCUACAUUUUGCUGCCAUUGUAAAAACUUCAUCUGGGGUGUGUUUGGAAAGCAAGGUUAUCAGUGUCAGGUGUGCACAUGUGUGGUCCAUAAGAAGUGCCACGAUUUGGUUGUAACCGAGUGUCCACGUAUGAAGAAAUCUUAUGAGGAGGGCCAACCCCAGGGAUUCAGCAUCAACCUGCCGCAUCAGUUCAGAGAGCACAACUACAAAGUUCCCACGUACUGUAACCACUGCGGAUCUCUCCUUUAUGGAAUAGUGAAACAGGGUCUUCACUGCAAAAUUUGCAAGAUGAACGUCCAUAAACGCUGUAGGCAGAAUGUUGCACCAAACUGUGGCGUGAACAGCGCCGAGCUGGCCAGCAAACUGUCAGAGAUUGGUUUACAAGCAAGCAGACUCUCCGUGCGACAGUCUCAAAAGCACAUGACAGAAGUCCCUCCAAAAAGCUCUGUUAAAUCGACAAAAGGGGAGCAGGAGGAGGAAACUGUUACUGUGGGUUUGGAGGACUUCAGUUUCUUGCAGGUGCUGGGAAAAGGCAGUUUUGGAAAGGUGAUGCUGGCCCGUUUGAAAAGUGACCACAGGGUCUUUGCGGUGAAAAUGCUGAAGAAAGACGUCAUAUUGCAAGAGGAUGAUGUCGAAUCGACCAUGAUUGAGAAGAGAGUGCUGGCUUUGGCCCACCAGCACCCAUUCCUCACACAACUCUACUACUGCUUUCAGACCGCCGAGCGGUUAUUCUUUGUCAUGGAGUUUGUGAAUGGUGGUGACCUCAUGUUCCACAUCCAGAAGUCCAGACGUUUUGAAGAGCCACGAGCGCAGUUUUACGCCGCUGAGAUCACUUUGGCCCUUAGAUUCCUUCACUCCAAAGGCAUCAUUUACAGGGACCUGAAGCUGGAUAAUGUGCUCCUGGACCGAGAUGGCCACUGCAAACUGGCAGAUUUUGGCAUGUGCAAAAUGAACAUUUCAGAAGGAAGACUAACUAGCACUUUCUGUGGAACUCCAGAUUACAUUGCACCUGAGAUCAUCCUAGAGGAACCGUACGGUGUUUCAGUGGACUGGUGGGCUUUUGGCGUGUUGCUGUACGAGAUGCUGUCAGGUCAUGCUCCAUUUGAAGCAGAAACUGAAGACGAGCUUUUCGAGUGUAUCCUCAGAGAGGACGUCAUUUAUUCAUCUUGGCUCAGCAAUGAGGCAGAGGACAUUCUUAGAGGGUUACUCACCAGAGAGCCGCCCUGCCGGUUGGGUUGCAUGCCUAGAGAUGGAGGAGAAGAGGCCAUCGCUGCACAUCCGUUCUUUGUGGGACUCGACUGGGAGAAGCUGAGCAGACGAGAGAUCGGACCUCCAUUCACUCCUCGAAUAGAAUCUAUUGAGGAUGUCAACAAUUUCGACCCUGAUUUUACGCAAGAGGAACCCUCUCUUACGCCCAUAGAAGACGGACUUGUCCCUUUCAACGAGGACGACUUUAAUGACUUCACUUACACGGCACCAGAACUGCGAUCGCCCAACAAUAAGCCAGCACUGCCUUGUUUAUUAGAAAUACAUGGAUAACUAGUUUCAAUAAUUUGGCUCAUCGAAACGCGUCUAAAUCACUGCUUUCCAAACAAGCAUAUGUAUACCAGACGCUGGCUUCAGAAUUAAAGGUCAAAUAUGUCAAGAAUUGUUUGAAAACAUUGCAACUCAUUACUUCACAAGGACUAUCCUGACCAAAUAAAUGAUUUGUUUUGUGUAUUCCAAAAAGAACCAAUGCUUUUUGAAGUGUGCUUCGUAAUUCAUGUACGUGAAGCUUCACUUGUAUAAUAUGUUUGUAUAGUACACAAGCCGAGCUGUGCAGUGUUCAUUUGGUAUUUGUUACUAGGAUGAUAAUAUUUGUAUUCAUGCAGUUGCCAAGUGCUUUGUUUUGCAGCUUUGUUGUGAGCAUGGGAACAGUUUCUCCUUCCAACUUAAUUCAUUGUAACAACGUUAAGUUAUAUUAUAUAAGUUGUAUUGCAAACUAUAAAAGGUCUAUUUUAUGAACUGUGAAGAGAUAUUUGGUUUUCCAAUCUUGUAUUUCACUGUCAGUUUGUUUGGACAAAGAUUGAGGUUUAUGUAAACCUCACGUGACAGUGUGGGCAUAUCAUAUGUUCAUUACAUUGAAUUAUGGAUCGACGGAGCUUAACCUGUGGCAUGUGACAGAAGCGUGAAAUUUUAAUGAGAAAACCAAAAACACGCAUAUCCUUUACGCCUCAAAGGAACAGCAGAACUGAGAUCAUCAACCUAUCAAUUAUUCAUUAUCAUCUAUUCAUUUGCUGUUUUCACGAACUCAUCCUGUAUUUAAAGGCCUAAUGCACUGGAUCAUGUGUAAUGUGUAUCAGUGCUGCAGUGUUAAUGGGGUCCAUGUGUAAAGACUGUGAAGAGUAAACCACUAUCAUUUAAAUACGAUUCACUCAUUGUCAGCCCGCUUUCAUAUCAGCAAGUUACUAACUUAGAUAAAAUACUUUUAAAACA